AUGAUGUAUGAUGGAAGAGUUUUAGUAAUAGACAAUGGUUCCAAUACGUGCAAGGCCGGCUUUGCCGGAGAUGACGUUCCUUCAGUGACUUUUUCAUCCCUGGUUAGCAGACGACGGUUUGAGGUCAGAGAAUUUCGGCCUGGUGUUGUUGUCAACUGGGAUGACGCGGAAUAUAUUUGGAAACGCGUCUACAAUAAGUUGAAAGUUUUUUCACAAGAUCAUCCGGUGCUACUUACAGGGUCUUGCCACAGCCCACAAGCCAGCAGAGAAAAGGUGGCUGAAAUUAUGUUCGAAACUUUCCGAACCCCAGCUCUGUAUCUCGCGAACCAGAGCGUCUUAGCGCUGUACGCAUCUGGUCGUCUAGAUGGCGCUGUCUUGUACUGCGGAGAAAGCGUAACGGAAGUUGUUCCCGUUAGUGAAGGUGAAGCUGUUGAUCUUGCCAUAACGAGAUUUGACGUAUCCGGACGAGAUUUAACAGAGUAUUUGAACACUCUUCUUACUGAACGAAUAAUUAACUUUGCACGAAAUUCAAAUCGAGAUGUUGUUCAAAAUAUAAAAGAACAACGUUGCUAUGUAGCGUCUAAAUUUGAUAAGGAAAUGUGGACUCGAUACUGCAAGAAAACAUACACAUUACCCGACGGACAGGUCAUAACUUUAGAACAAGAAAUGUUCAAAUGCCCUGAAAGUCUUUUUCAGCCUUCGAUUGUUUUCCCGAAUUACCUGGGUAUCCACGAAGCCACGCAUAAUUCAAUCAUGAAGUGCAGUGAUGUAGAUACAGAUCUACGACAGUACAUGUUUUCUAACAAUUUAUUGGCUGGUGGGUCCACGAUGUUCCCAGGUUUCGCUGACCGACUGCAGAAAGAAAUUGCAACCCUUGCUCCGCGAUCAGUGAAGGUCAAGGUGCUGUAUCUGUCAUUAGCACCUGAUGAAUUUUCCAUCAUUUACACUAGCACCUUAUGUGUUACCAAACAUACAAAAACUCAUCAACUAAACGAGGUGAAAAGCUCUAACUCUUAUGGCAGCAGAAAGCAGAGAGAUAAAAAUCAGUGUACACAAAAGCCUAAACAGUGUCAUCCCUGUGUCAUCAAGGUGGGAAUGCAAGAAGACACACAGCAUCCAACAACACUUGGCAUCCAGAAACAGAUCCUAGCUGGCCACUUUGCAUCCAGCGACAGGUCCUAG